AUGCCACCAAAGAAGAAGCAGCAGCAGCCAGUGAAGAAGAAGGACAAUGUCGACAAGACGUUCGGUAUGAAGAACAAAAACCGUUCUACUAAGGUCCAGAAGUUCAUUCAGCAGGUUCAGACGCAGGUGGAUCCAAAGAAGGAGGAAAUGAAGCGUAAGAAGCAGGAAGAGAAACUUUUGAGGGAAAGACAGGAAGCCGAGAGAAGAGCGCUAUUCAACCCUGCGAUGGAUCAGUCUGUGAAGUCUGGUGUAGACCCCAAGACCGUGUUGUGCGCUAUGUUCAAAAUUGGAAACUGUAACAAGGGCGCUAGGUGUAAGUUUUCGCAUGACCCCAACGUAGGACGCCGUGUCGAGAAGAAGGACCUGUACCAGGAUGCCAGAGCCGAGAAGGAAGCCGAUACUAUGGAUCAGUGGGACGAAGAGAAGCUUCGGUCUGUCAUUUUAUCCAAGCACGGGAACCUUCGUACAACCACGGACAAGGUUUGCAAGUUCUUUAUCGAGGCUGUGGAAAACGGCAAAUACGGUUGGUUUUGGGUGUGCCCCAAUGGCGGUGAUAAAUGUAUGUACAGGCACUCUCUGCCUGAAGGUUUCGUGUUGAAGACUAAAGAGCAAAAGAGAUUGGAGAAAGAGGCCCUAGACAGCCAACCCAAAAUCACCUUGGAAGAAUUUAUAGAAACGGAGAGAGACAAGCUGGACAAAUCCAAGCUGACUCCUAUCACUGUUGCAAAUUUCGCAAAAUGGAAACAAGAUCAUAUCACCCAAAAGAUCAACGCAGAAAAGAGGGACGAAGCUAAGAGAAAGCCCACUGGCCGUGAAGUCGUGCUGAAAAAGUUCACGGAGGACAAGAAGUUUGCGGAGGUUGAUGACAUGGACGCGACAAAGGGCUCGGCUUGGGACUUGUCUGAAUUUACCAGGGCUUUGAAAGAUGCCGAAGCGAACACUGGUGAUGGCAUUAAGGAUUACGGUGACGGUAGUAACCCGACUUUUGAUCUCGUUAACAAAACGACAACCACUGCAUCUGCAUGA